AUGGUUUUUGCUUUUCUUAUGGGAAUUGUUUUUGCAUUCUUCCAACAUCUUCUAUACACUGCCCUGCAUCACAAGGAGGAACCCGAUGAAAACAAAAAGUUCCGCUUGGUUCUCUACGGCCGCAUGCUAGCCUAUCUCUCCAAGGUCGCAUUCGGAGGGUGCGUUGUUCUGGUCUUCCGACAGCGACUAUGGAGGACGUUUCGAGAGCGGGCAUUGACGGUGCUCUCCAUUGACCAGCUCUUUGGCGCAACAGAAGACCCUUCUCUUUUUGCAAAUUGGGAGGCCAUUACCAACGCUCCUAUUCUUGUAUUCGUUGCUGGGAUCAUCUGGCUAAUACCCUUGGCAACAAUCAUCUUCUCACCUGGCGCCCUCACCUUCGGUACCUACCUUGAUUUUGAGGCUGUCGACAUUGUAGUUCCGACGCUUAAUUUUUCGAUGGAAUCCACUAAGAACUGGCGUUACCCAAUUAAGAUGGCUGACGGAAGCAACAAGAAAUCCGUAAUGUAUUACAAUACCACUGAUAUCGCUGGCACAGCACCGGGCUGGUUCGAUUACUAUGACCAACCGUCUGCAGAGUUGGUACGGAUUGGAGUUUUGCUGGCGUACAGCAACAUGGAUCAUCCAAACAUCCAGCAAGGCGCUCGACAACAGGCUUGUGGAGGGCAAUACAACUGCACAUACGAACAGACCUUUUAUGGACCUGGUUAUCAAUGCGAGGAGAUUAAUGACGAGAACAAACUUCGCGAAUUAGACGCACCGUUCAAUCAUAGCAGGAUAGCUCCUCAGGGACGGGCGGCCUACUUUGCUGAGGUUGAUAUUGGGGACUACAAACGGCCACAAGCUGAUGAGUUCCGCAAAGGGCCCGGUGGACUACCUCUUGGUGAAGCACCUGAAAGUUUGGGUGUUUUCAAAUCAGAACCCAUACUAUGGAUUGGUUACACUACGAAUUCGACGGAAAGACUCUCUCCUGACGACCCUCUUGCAAAGCACUGGACCCAUCGCUUUGACUCUCACAUUAUCCGAUGUGUGCACAUGGAGACCAAGUACACGGUGAAGUGGAAUUAUACAGAGCCAUUCUUUAAGUCGAUGGCGAAGCGAGAAUAUCUUACCCCAAUUGUGGAUACAAAUUUCACUCAUGGCCUUUAUGGGCUAACAAACCACACGCGAGACCCUGAGCCAGCAACGAACUACAUCAGCCCACGCGACGAUGUGGGUCUCUACAAGAAAACCGCCGCCUACCAUGCUCUAGGUUCCAUGUUUCGAGGGUUUCUUCGCGGGCACGUCGAUGUCGACCCCCCUCUACCAGGACCAUACUACUCUCAAGUCUAUUCCGACGUCACCAAGACACGACUAGUGCACAAGAAUGCAGAGCCGAAGAAAAACCUAGGAACUGAGAUUGAAUCCUUCUACUCAGACAUGGUCCUCUCUCUGUUCUCAGCGCCGGAAAUGCUCGCCGUUAAUGAAGAGAAGCUCACAGUCGAGCGAACGCGACUCCAGUCUUCUUUCGUCUACGUACCAGAACGACUAUGGAAAUGCUACAUUCCCGUCAUUUUCGUCACGCUAUGUAUACUUCUCUUUGGACUGUUUACUAUCUGGGAAGACGGAACGACCUUUUCCGCUGGAUUCUCGCGUAUUCUCGUCACCACGCGAAACAUGACUUUGGACAAUAUCAGUCGUGGCGCGUGUCUUGGAAAUGAUCCCUUUCCGAUGGAGCUCAUGAACACGAGGCUCCAGUUUGGCGCUCUUGCCGAUGGCAGUGAUCCUCCUGCAUACUCAAGCGGGGAGUACCAAGGUGCAGGUGGAGUUCAGAGCAUUGGUCAUUGUGCAUUCGGUGUUGCAUCUGAGGUUGGGCCCAUUUACAAAGGCAUGCCUUAUGCUGGUCUCAACCGCCCAGAUAAGAAAAGGAUUGCGUAUUCCGACAUGGAAAGUGGAUAG